GUGCAAACGUUGCGGCACUUGAAACAGUAUUUUGAAAUAACGUUCAAAAUUGACGAGUGGAAGAAGAUAUGCAAAGAGAAUGAACAAAAAUUGGGUUCUGAUGAAAAAGCACUGAUGACCUGUGUGGGAAUUGGCUUCUCCAAUCUCAACAAAACUGUGCUAUGA